AACCAUUUGACAUAUAAAUCCAUUCCAACUCUCUCAACCUCUCAACUCUCCCAGCUCUCAGCUCUGUGUGUUUGUUUGUAUGAGAGAGAGAGAGAUCAGAGAGGGAGAUCACAGAGAGAGGGGGAGAGAGAGAGAGAGAGAGAGAGGGAGAGAGAGAGUAAUAUUACUACUUAUCUCUGAGUGAUUGAAGCAGCUAGCUAAGCUAAUAGCUAUGCUUUCUUUUCAAGCUCAUCCUCUUUCUCCAAACCAAAAGAAGACAAUCCCAGACUCUGAGAAUUCAUCCAAGAAAAGAAAAUGGGAUGACUUGCCAUACGUUAAUAUUGAGCAACUUUCCGAAAAACGUUCAAAAGUACCACAAAGCAAACCAAAUUCCUUGUUUGAUAUAGAGCUUCACCUAGAGACUCCAUUGCCUUUGGAGUGGCAAAGAUGCCUCGAUAUUCAGUCGGGACAGAUACAUUUUUACAACACAAGGACUCAGAUGAAGACUUCAAGGGACCCAAGGAGGAGCCCUGAGCCACCAACCAGUCCAGCUGCUGAUCAUCAUCAUCAUCACAUGAGCCUAGACCUGGAGCUCAACCUAAGAUCAUGUGAUCAGUCUAGGGCUAAUUCAGACAUUUCAACACACAGCUUGAGUGAUUUGUUCAUGGAGUCCCAUAGACCAACAAAAAAGAACCCCAAUAAUUUAGGGUUUCCAUUUGAUCACCACCACCACCAGCAGGAGAUGGUGGCAACUGUGUGCCUCAAGUGCCACAUGCUGGUGAUGCUGUGCAGGUCUUCUCCUACAUGCCCUAAUUGCAAGUACAUGCACGCACCUGAUCAGAGCCCCCCAACCCUCUUCAAUUUCAAGCCAAGGUGUACCAGUAGCUUCAUGUGUUAAUUAAUUAGCUAGUAAUUAAGCUUCAGCUAAUUAUGUAAUAGUUAAUUAUAUAUGAUUUCUGUGCUAUAGAGCUAGUCAUCCUUGGAGGCUUUAAAUUGCUCAGUGUAUUAUAUCUUCAUCCUCCUCUAUCAGAAAAAUGACUGCUGAGAGAGAGACACCUUUUUAUCUAUGGUCAAUAUAAAUGAAGCUUAAUUAUCCUACUA